AUGCAUCAACGACGGUGGCUUGAACUUCUUACGGACUACGACGUCCGAAUUCAAUAUCAUCCAGGCAAAGCCAAUGUAGUCGCCGAUGCCCUUAGCCGUAAAAGCAUUGGUAAUGUAUCGUCUUUAACCGUUCAGUCCCAUAUUGCUUCAGAUAUAGAAGGUAUGGGUAUUACUUUGUGUUAUCAUGGUAGAGAUGAAGUUUUGGUUAGUCUCACGGUUGAACCAACUCUUGUAUCUCAAAUCAAAGAGGCUCAACAAGAGGAUGGAGAACUUUGGGCUAUCUUACAAAAGGCUAAAGAUGAUAAAGGUAUUGUCUGGUUUUCAAAUCGACUUUGUGUACCCGACAAUCCUGAACUCAAAGAAGCAGUUAUGAGUGAAGUUCAUAAUUCGUUGUUCUCAAUUCAUCCCGGGUCCACUAAGAUGUACUGA